CACUGUUACGUCAAAAUAAAGUAGUGAAAAGGUGCAAAUUCCCAGCGAGUUAAAUAAAAACUAUUUCCGAGUCCGGAAAACGCGGUACAAGCGGCAUCCUCCAGUGGCUAAGCGGAUCUGGAACAUGAGGACAUUGACGGAGGUCGAGACGUAGUGGCUGGCAGGCGGAGUGGAGCCGUCCUUAUCAGCAGAGUGGAGCAAGGGCAAAGCGAGAAGAGCGGAUAGUGUGCGUUGCCCACAGGUCCGCGGGGUCACACAUUGCCCCCGCCUCCACUCAACGUCAAGUUCAAGCGGCGUUCGGCUCGCACCUCGCAGUGGGGAAUCGGCAGCCUGCAUCUUCGGCUUUCCGUUUUCACCACAGCUCGCAGCUCACCUGUGCUGGGGAUACCUACCACACCUGGCGGCGCGCACGCGCGCAUCGUUUCAAAAAAAAGUUGGCUGGCAAAAACACUUCGUUGGAGCUGUUGGAGCCAGACGCAAGCAAACCGCGCUCGAAAUCGCCUGUGGACAACCACCCCAAAGCCACAAAGUCACACCGAAAUCGCCGCGCAUUUCAAAAUCGCAGAUCCUGCGACUCAUAAAAAAAAAGAAAAUAUUAAGCAAACAAAUAAAUAUCAAGGAAUAAUGCCGCUUACUAUUCAAUGAGUGACUCGUCUUGAAUUCUGUGAAAAAAGAGCACUGGCCAACUGCACCCGAAAACCUACGAAAAAUAAAGCAACAAGAAACCCAAACAAAAUAUAAAUAUUAACAAAAAAUGGCCUGCUUGAGCACUUCCGGUCGCGUUGUGUGCGGUACGCGUCGCCAGCAGACGCACAAGCUGUUAUAUCAGCUCUUCGGCACCAGUUCGGGCUCCGUUUCCGGUUCCGGUGUCGGUUCGCGUCCAGGAUAUGCGGGGAAUCCCCAUCCCGGUUUGGCCCUGCCCAAGACACAGCUGCAGGCGCAGCGACUCUUUCACGGAUUAAGCUUCAACAUCGGCAAGGAUUACCCCGAUCUGAUGCAAAGUCCGCACAGCUGCAGCCACAGCCUCAAGUACUCCCAAUGCUCCAAGACGAAUCUCCGCCAGCACAGCUCGGUGCACACACAGCAGCCGGCGGGUCCUGUGCGAGAGUUCCAGAUCGAUCCAUACAUCAUCCUGGAUGAUGACCUCAAGUACUUUUACGACGACGUGAGAUAUCUGCUAAAGUCGGGGACAUCGCAGCCGGAGUUGGACACUAUUGCCAGCUAUUACUUUGAUGGCCAGGGAAAGGCGCUGCGACCCAUGGUCACCAUGCUGAUGGCCAAGGCGAUAAACUAUCACCUGAACAACGAGUCACACCAAUUAGUACACAAACAACGACAGAUCGCCCUCUUCUCGGAGAUGGUUCACUCGGCCAGCUUAGUGCACGACGAUGUCAUCGAUCAGUCGGACUUCCGACGCGGCAAGCCCAGCGUGAAUGCUCUAUGGAAUCAUAAAAAGGUCACAAUGGCUGGCGAUUAUAUCUUAUCGAUUGCCUCGAUUAUGAUUGCACGUCUGCGCAGCGACGAUGUGACGAUUGUACUGAGUCAGAUCUUAACCGAUUUGGUUCAAGGCGAGUUCAUGCAGCUCGGCUCAAGGGAAACGGAGAACGAGCGCUUCGCACAUUACCUGACCAAGACAUACAGGAAGACCGCAUCGCUGAUUGCCAACGCACUGAAGGCGACCGCCGUGAUUGCCCAAGCAGAUGACAACGUGGCCGAGGUGGCCUUCCAGUACGGACGUAACGUUGGCCUAGCCUUUCAGCUGGUCGACGACAUGCUGGACUUUGUCUCCUCCAGCGAGCAGAUGGGCAAGCCAACGGCGGCGGAUCUGAAGCUGGGCCUGGCCACCGCCCCGGUGCUCUUUGCAUGCGAAAAGUACCCCGAGCUGAAUCCGAUGGUGAUGCGACGCUUCAGCGAGCCCGGGGACGUGGAGCGUGCCUUCGAGCUGGUGCACAAGUCACACGGCCUGGAGCAGACCCGUUUCCUGGCCAAGAAGCACUGCAACGAGGCGAUACGGCUGGCCCAGGAGCUGACGGAGUCGCCGUACCAGAAGGGCCUGCAGGUCGUCGCCGACUUAGUCAUCAAUCGCAUGAAGUAACACUUAACGUAAUCAUAUUAAUCGUAUGCAAUAAUAAUAAUGUUAUGUAGGCCACACAGUCGAUGUUUCGGUUAAGUUUUGUCAGCCAGCGAGCUAGCAAGGAUAACGUAAAAUUGUAAACAAAAGAAUUAUUAUUUAGUUUUUAGGCAUUUGUUGUUGACACUGUAAAUAAUUGCAUAAACAAAUCAAAAAACAAACAAACAAAAAAAGAAACAACAUAAUUAACGGCAACCUUCGCUGUACAUAAAUAAAUAUAUACGAGAUGUUUAAUGAACUUUAACAAAUUUUAUAUGCAAUGUUUUUCGAACGAUUUAUUUAUAUAUGUUAUGUAUAGAGAAAUAUAUAUUCGAGAAGCCAACAAUAAGUAAAGAAAGAAGAAAUUAAAUCUGUACAAAUAACUCUUCAGAAUGAUUCAAGCCUAAAGGAUAAUGUUGCCAGCUUAGGCAACUCAAACGUAAAUAAAGGAAAUUGAGGAAAAUGCGAAAAAGUACUAACUACGAAAGGAAAUUGUUUAUUAGUCAAUGCAACAAAGAAACCCAUGUGUAAACGAUAUUUAUGAUAACAAAGCAUAAAGCAAACAAUUUAUUUAAUAUUAAAUAUUUGUUUAGGACAUUUCAUGCCUAAAUGGUUCAAUGUUCAAUGCCUGCACUCUUCUUCAAAAUCCCUUCCGGCAGCACAAAAAUGUAACCUAACAAACUUAUAAAUAAAAUUAAUAAAUAAAUUAUAUUUUGAACCAUUCGCGCAUGAAAUGCAUAUAUAAUACAUAUGUUCUAUAAGAAAAUGAAAGCGGAUGCUGCCCCAGUCUUAAUUUUAAAACAUUUUUUCUUCUCCGCAAUAGUAAUUUAUAAGACAUUCACACAAAAUCGAUCAAGACAAGCCCUUUUUGGAAUGCCUUAAAAACAGAAAACUAAACUCUAUAUAAUUUAAGUUCUUAUUUUAAUUUAUAAAAAACAACCUCAAUUAAGUCAGUCAGCAAAAAAAGGCGUUUUUUUUUUUUGUUAGUGUAUAUAGUUUUGAAAAAAUCAAGCAAGACUAUUUGGGGCUCCUUUACAGCCUGCUCUACACUGAGAAAAUUAAAGAAGAGCGAGAGCUCAUUCUGGCUAAACAUCGGUUCAAAUGGGUGCUGCGACAAAAUGAUGAUAAUGAUGUUGAUAUUGAUACAUGUAAUUACGAUAUUUGUACACUUAAAGAGAUGAAUAAAAAUUCGAUUUUGUAAAACAAA